AUGACGACACCGCGCCGACUCGACCUGCACAUGGAUGCUGGAGAAGUCAUUGCCGAGGACUUGCCGCCGAUAGAGACGACGCCCCUCGCAGUCAUGGUGCCCAUGAGCUUUGUGUUUGACGCGGUCGAGCAUCGAACAGUGUCUGGCAUCAUCCAUUUGCAAUACCACGUUCGCCGACGGCAAUCGCGCCAUCGAAAGCUCGUCAAACCACGCCAGGUGCCGCUGGCAAAGACAGAAGCUGAACUACGCGAAUGGCAUGACGCUGUGCGCGGCAAGGUGCACGUGCCGACGGUGGUCGCCCCUCCAGUCGUCCUCGUGAGUCCGAAACUAACCUCGCGCCGGCAACAUCCCCUCCGUCUCGUCAUUUGCGGCCCCCCCGCGGGAGGCAAGGGUACGCAGUGCGAGAGACUCGUCGCCAAGUACGGCGUCGUGCACCUCUCGACCGGCGACAUGCUUCGAUCCGCCAUCCAGGCCAACUCGGACACCGGCAUCCGAGCCAAGCACUUCAUGGACGCCGGGGCGCUCGUCCCAGAUGACUUGAUCGUCCACGUCAUCCUGGAGCGGCUGCACGCGCCAGACUGUGCACAGCGCGGGUGGCUCCUCGACGGCUUCCCGCGAACGGCAGUCCAGGCACAAGCCAUGGUCGACGCCGGCAUCACCCCAGACGUCGUGCUUGUGCUGCACGUCCCGGACGACGAAGUGGUGUCGCGCAUUUCGGGCCGCCGCGUCGACUUGGCCACCGGCAAGACGUACCACGUGUCGUUCAAUCCGCCACCGCCGGGCGUUGACGUCGUGCAGCGCAGCGAUGACAACGAGGACACGAUCCGAGUGCGCCUGGCGACGUACCAUGCCAACGUAGACUCGGUCGUCGACACGUUUGUGCCGGUGUCGACGAUCGUGCACGUCGACGGGAUGCUGCCGAAGGCCGACAUCAUCCACCACAUCGACGCUUCGAUCGAAGCCGUCCAGAACAACGCGUCGCCGUCAAAGAAGAAAGCUUGCCGUGACGUUGAAAUGCGUGGUUUUCGCGUCGCCAAACCCCAGAUAUCGUUCAAACAGCACCGAGAGCUGAUGGAAUCGCCGCCAAAACGUCCAGAACCUUUGCUAUCGGGGCGCAGUGAUGGCGCCCAGCAUCCUGCACGCACUGCCGAGAUGUCGUCGUCGAAAUGCUUCCCGCGCUCCAAUGUAAUAAUGUGCGGCCCCCCUGCUGGGGGAAAAAUGACCCAGUGUGAGCUCUUGGUUCAAGUACAUGGCCUGGUCCACCUAUCGACAGGGGACAUGCUUCGCGCGGCCGUCCAAACGAAUUCUCCGCUUGGGCUUCAAGCCAAGGAGUUCAUGGAUACCGGCAAGCUCGUACCAGACGAUAUCAUUCUCAAGAUCAUGUUGGACCGCCUCAAGCAGUCGGAUUGUGUCGAAAAGGGAUGGCUUCUCGAUGGGUUUCCACGAAACGCUGUCCAGGCGCAAGCGAUGCUGCAGUGUGGCAUCUCCCCGUCCCUAGUCGUCGUUCUCGAUGUCCCAGACGACGUCGUGGUGGAGCGGAUUGCUGGUCGGCGACUCGAUCCGGCCACCGGCAAAACGUACCACAUCGCUUCUAACCCACCUCCCGAAGGGGUCCAGGUCAUCCAACGAAGCGACGACACCGAAGACACGAUCCGCACGCGACUCGCCACUUACCAUGCGCACUGCAAUGCUGUCGUCGGGUCGUUUUCGACCACCUGCCCCAUUCUUACCGUCGAUGGAACCCUGCCGAAGAGCGGCAUCGCGCAGCAAAUCGCUCAGGCCAUGGCUUUCAACUCGAUUGCAUCCCCCGCCGACGUCGUCCGCCACAUCGACGCUUCGAUCGAGAAUGCUGCGAAGAACGCGCUUGCCGUAACAGGACAAUUGUCCGAGGCGGACUUGAAACAGGCCAAGAAUGCAGUACUACGGCAUGCGCCAGCCGCAACUUUGCCACCGCCAGCAGCAGCGCUUGCAACUGUGGCCGUUCUAGGACCUCCUGGAGCAGGAAAAACGCACUAUAGCCAGUGGCUUCGCGAGCACUUGGGCAUUGUUCAUCUCAGCAUCGGCGAGAUGUUGCGUCGGUCCAUCAAAGGUGGGACCCGUGUUGGCACCAAGGCCAAAGAAUACGUGGACGCAGGGGACGUCGUGCCCGAUGUGCUCAUCAUCGGGACUACGAUGGAGCUGCUUCGGGGUCGCGAGUGCGCGACCAAGGGUUGGGUGCUCGAUGGCUUCCCUCGCACAACAGGACAAGUGAAGGCAUUGGUCGAGCACGCGGUCAUGCCAAGUCUCGUCAUUGUCCUCGAUGUCGUCGACGACAGCGAUGCCAUCCACCGCAUCACAGGACGACGAGUCGAUUCGGCGACCGGACACACCUAUCACGCGAUAUAUGACCCCCCGCCGCCUGGAGUGGACGUCGAGUUGCGAUCGGAUGACACGGAGCGUGCCGUGCGCGCUAGGUUGGCGCAAUAUCGUGCCCACAGCGCCGAAAUGGAAGCCCUCUUAGUACAGCACACGAGAGUAGUGCAUGUCGAUGGUUGCUUGAACAAGACGCACGUUCAAGCCACCUUGCAGCGACUCUUUCCAUCGUCGCCAACGAAAAAGCCCAAACAGCCGUCGGGGCUGCGACCACCACGAACAUUCAGCCACAACCCAAACCAGACUGCGUCUGCAGCUCGAAAGAAGGGAGCGUCGAGCCCUAGGCCCUUCAAGACGGUGUCGCAACUCCACCCAGCUGUUGUCGCUGCGUAUUCGCCGCCAAAAGACCACCACCAAACGUCCGACUGCAAGGGGACGUCGGCCAAACGAACGCGUGAUAGUGGCGUCCAUACCAAGAUCGUCGCCACGGACAACGAAAUCCAAGCGGCGCUGGCAGUGCUGCACGAAGUCCAAGAAGAGAAUCUCCGGCUAAAGCAACUCUUCGUGACCACCAGUAAAGACUCCACGGGGCAUUCCUCCCAGGACGGAGUGAUGGCCAAAACGUGUAGCCACCGUGAGCUCGACAUGGUCAUCGACCAGCUCAUGUCCGAACACAAGAGCCUAGAAAAAGUCACAAAGCGACAAAAAGACAGCAUUGACUCGAACGAGUGGGAGACGCUGCUGCAGCGCACCAUGACUGACCUGGACACGAUGCGGAAAAAGAUCCACGCGUUGAAACGUCAGCAGCCCCCAACCGCGACUCCCACCGACGACGAAGCCACUCUCAAGGCAGCACAACUUCGCCACGACCAGCUCAAGGCCACAUGGAGACAGCUCAACCAACCCGCGUCGGUCAACGCGUCCGAGAAGGAAAACGCCAAGGUGAAGCUCCUCAAAAAGGAAAUGGCACUGGCCCGAACCGACGAAGCGUACUACAUGCAGAAAGCCAUCCACGUCCAAGCGACGACGACCCAUGAAAUCCAGCGGAUGCAACGGGAAAUUGCUCGACUGCAAGAGGCGAUUGCGACGACCCAAAUCCAGUUGGACGCGAGCACGACAGAGUGCAGCGACUUGCAGCGACAGGUGGCUGCGAAAAACGGGACCUUCUUACCGAAACUGCCCCAUGCGAAGGCCAUACAAGGUAUUGCGUCCAAGGGAGGAGGGUUCCAGUCGAGCCUCCCCCUCAUUACAACGAAGAAACCUCACACAGGGGGCGGAACUCCCUCGAAGAGGGUCGAGAUGCCGCCGCUACAUCGCACCGCACGAGAUAAGUAA